AUGUACCCCUCGACUACCAACAACACCACCUCCUCCUCCUCCUCAACGCUACGCUCACAUUCUCAACCGACGCAAUCCCACCUCCAAGCCCGCAUCGCCGCCAAGCGCGCCGAACUCGAAAAUCUCCGCCAACUGCGCGACCUGAGCGCGCACUUGACAACACAGCUGGAGUCACUAGAACAAAAACUGGGGAGCCUGCGAGACGGCGCGCAGGCCGUGGCGCUGGUGCUGGCGAAUUGGGAUAAUGUGCUGAGGGUCAUUGGGAUGGCGGCCAUGAAGGUUCCACAUCCGCCUGAGCCUGCGGAAGAUGAAGUCCCGGAGGAUGGACGAGCAGGGAGAGAAGGAGGAGAAGACAUGGCGGGGAGUGGAAGUCUGAAGACGAAGGAAAAGCAAAAGCUAGAACGAGAACAACAGCUGCCGGUGCCGCUGGUCAGAAUACCCGUGCAGCCCAGAACGGAAGAUGCUGGGUGA